AUGAGCCGCGCUCGCCCCAUGGCACCCGGCGCGUGGCACCCCCCCAGGGCGAUGGCGACCGCGUGGGUGCUGCUGCUGGUGCUCCUGGCCUGGCCGGCUGCCGCCACCGCCGCCACCGCCGCCGCCGCCACCGCGCAGGACUCGCUGCUCAACGUCUGCAUGGACGCCAAGCACCACAAAACGGAGCCCGGCCCCGAGGGGCAGCUCUACGGGCAGUGUGUACUCUGGAAGGAGAACGCCUGCUGCACGGCCAACACCAGUUUGGAGGCUCACCGGGACCAGUCCUACCUGUACAACUUCAACUGGGACCACUGCGGGGCCAUGCCGGAGAAGUGCAAGCGACACUUCAUCCAGGACACGUGUCUCUACGAGUGCUCCCCCAACCUGGGGCCCUGGAUCGACCAGGCGGACACCAGCUGGCGUAAGCAGCGGAUCCUGCACGUGCCGCUGUGCCGGGAGGACUGCGAGCAGUGGUGGGAGGACUGCCGGGACGCCGUCACCUGCAAGGUCAACUGGCACAAGGGCUGGAACUGGACCACAGGCACCAACCAGUGUCCCCGGGGUGCCAUGUGCCAGAAGUUCCGGUUCGUCUUCCCCACGGCGGCCCACCUCUGCGAGCAGAUCUGGUCCCACUCCUACCGCUACACCCCGUACCCCCGCGGCAGCGGCCGCUGCAUCCAGAUGUGGUUCGACCCCGCGCAGGGGAACCCCAACGUCGCCGUCGCCCGCUAUUACGCCCGGGGGGCCGCCCCGCCCCCCCCCGGCCCCCCGCUCCCCGGCCUGCUGGCCCUGCUGCCCCCCGCCCUCCUGGCCCUGCGCUGA